AUGACGCUUCCCGGUUCGAACGUCUCGCUUCCAGCGUCUCCGACUUCUGUCGCCGCUGUCGCCGUGAAAUUGCCGGAGUUUUGGAAGACGGACCCGCUGAUGUGGUUCGCCCAAGCGGAGGCCCAGUUCGCGCUCGCUGGUGUAACUUCCGACCAAACGAUGUACUACCACAUUAUCUCCAAGGUGGACCAAACUGUUCUGCGACACAUUUCCGACAUCGUCGCGAACCCCCCAGAAGAGAACAAAUACCCGGCGGUCAAGGCGCGCCUGAUCGCCCACUUCGAGUUGUCGGCCGAGGAAAAGUUCGAGAAGCUGCUCAAUUCCUGCGAUCUCGGAGACGCCCGUCCGUCGCAUCUUCUUGCCAAAAUGCAAGAUCUAUCCACGGGCCUGAACGUGAGCGCUGGAUUGAUGAGGAUGCUCUUCCUGCAGCGGAUGCCAGUCAACAUUCGAACGGUCCUCGCGGUGUCCAACGCCAAGCUCGACGAGCUCGCUGCCAUGGCCGACAAGAUGAUCGAUGUCGCCGGUCCGCAGGUGGCUGCGACGCAACAAGCUGCUCCAACAAGCGUACAGGACCUGGAAGCUCAAAUUGCCGCCCUAAGCAGCCAACUGCGACGAUUGGAAGCAAAUCCGAACCGAGGAAGAUCUCGCUCUCCGUCGCGGCGCCGCAGCGCUUCGCAGUCGUCCUCGCAAGAAAUUUGCUGGUACCAUCGCAAGUUCCGAGACGCGGCCCAACAGUGCCGUUCCCCCUGCCAAUACAGCUCAAAAAACUAG